AUGAAAGUUCAAAUAAUAUCUGAAGAUGAUUAUUUAAUAGAACUAGAUGGAAAGUAUGAAAUUAAUAACCAUGCUAUUGAUAAUUUUUCAUAUGAUGAGCUCAGAGUGAAAUUUCUAAGAAUAAAUAAGUUUGAGAUUAAAGAUGACUGAUAUUUGUAUUUUUUUAAACACAUGAGAACUCAUGAUAAAAAUUAUUGGAUUGCCUAUGAGAAAUAA